AUGGCAGACAAAGACACUGUAGAAAAGUUCCUCGACAACAACCCCCAGUUUGCUAAGGAGUACUACGAAAAGAAAGUCAAGGCAGAUGUGAUCACUGCUGCCUUCAACAACCAGGUCCAGGUUAAAGAUCCAGCCUCUUACAAGGAUGUCACUACCAUCCAGGAGGCUGAGUUCAUAUUCGAGCUCAUUAAGGAGAUGCAAGGCAACAACCCGAUGGAAAAAGCCCUACAUAAAAUUCUCCAGAGAAUUGCCCUGUUCAUCCAGGCUGAUCGUUGCAGCUACUUCAGCUACAGGUCUCGUAAUGGAAUACCUGAGCUGAACACCGUCCUCUUCGAUGUGACGCACAAUUCUCCGUAUGACAGAAAUAUAGUGAACCCCAAUGUAGAGAUUGUUUUUCCCACUGACAUGGGAAUUGUUGGAUGGACAGCACACUGCAAGAAGCCUCAGAACAUUGCUGAUGUGAAGAAGAAUUCUCACUUCAGUGACUUUGUGGAUAAACAGACCAAAUAUACCACCAAAUGCAUGCUCACUGCUCCCCUUAUGAGUGGAAAGGAACCCAUUGGCGUCAUUAUGGCACUCAACAAACAGGGUGCUGAUGAAUUCUCAAAGGUCGAUCAGGAGCUCUUUAAUAAAUAUGUGAACUUUGCCAUGAUCGCGGUUCUCCAAGCCCACACUGCUAACAUGUGGGAUGUAGAAUCCAGGAGAAGCCAGGUUAUGCUCUGGUCAGCCAGCAAAGUCUUUGAGGAGUUGACAGAUAUUGAGAGGCAGUUUCACAAAGCCUUAUACACAGUGAGGAUAUAUCUCAAGUGUGAGAGAUACUCUGUGGGACUCCUGGACAUGACCAAAGAAAAGGAAUUCUUUGAUGAGUGGUCAAUCAAACUAGGAGAACAGGAGCCAUACAAGGGCCCAAAGACACCUGAUGGCAGAGAAAUCAACUUUUACAAGAUUAUUGACUACUUGCUUGAAGACAAAGAGGAGAUUAAAGUUAUCCCCGGUCCUCCUGCAGACCACUGGGCUCUGGUCAGCGGACUCCCUUCAUAUGUGGCUGAGAAUGGAUUUAUCUGCAAUAUGAUGAAUGCUGCAGGAGAUGAUUAUUUUUCAUUUCAGAAAGAAGCAGUGGAUGAGACUGGAUGGAUGAUUAAGAAUGUCCUCUCCCUCCCCAUCGUCAACAAAAAGGAAGAAAUUGUUGGUGUUGCCACUUUCUUCAACAAAAAAGAUGGCAAACCUUUCGACGAGAAUGAUGAACAAAUCGCAGAAGCUCUAACUCAAUUCCUUGGCUGGUCCACUCUUAUUAGCGACACAUAUGAUAAUCUCAACAGGACAGAGUGGCGCAAAGAGAUUUCUCAGGAAAUGCUCAUGUACCAGACAAAGGCCACACUAAAAGAUGUGCAGACCAUUCUGAACACUGAAGAAAAGUUUGGAUCUACACCAGAGGACUGUGACCAGAAGGAGAUGUACAAAUUGCUGAGAACCAACAUCCCUGAAUCCAAGAACGUGGAGCUGUUAGAGUUCCGCUUCAGCGACUUCCCCUUGUCAGAGUUAGAACUCGUCAAGUGUGGUAUCCGCUGCUUCUUUGAGCUGGGGGUGGUAGAGAAGUUCAAAGUCCCAGCAGAGAUCCUGACAAGAUGGAUGUACACCGUUCGCAAGGGAUACCGUGACAUUACCUACCACAACUGGAGGCACGGCUUCAAUGUUGGACAAACCAUGUUCAGUCUGCUGCUAACAGGUAAACUGAAGAAGUAUUACUCUGAUCUUGAGGCCUUUGCCAUGGUUGCUGCUGGAUUCUGUCAUGAUAUUGACCACAGAGGAACCAAUAAUCUCUAUCAGACAAAGAGUUUAUCCCCACUGGCAAAACUGCACAGCACCUCAAUUAUGGAGCGACAUCAUCUUGAGUACAGUAAGACACUGAUGGAGGAUGAGAACCUGAACAUCUUCCAAAACCUUCAGAAGCGUCAGUUUGAGACAGUGCAGCAUUUGUUUGAAAUUUGCAUAAUUGCCACUGAUCUCGCACUCUAUUUCAAGAAGCGAACAAUGUUCCAAAAAAUUGUGGAAACUGUAGAGGGUAUACCUGAGGAGAAAGAGAAGAUCAACUUCAUCUCCAACAAUGCAACCAGGAAGGAAAUUAUCAUGGCAAUGAUGAUGACAGCUUGUGACCUGUCAGCCAUUACAAAGCCAUGGGAGGUUCAGAGCAAGGUUGCUCUGAUGGUGGCAGCAGAGUUUUGGGAGCAGGGAGACCUGGAAAGGGAAGUUCUUGACCAGCAGCCUAUUCCAAUGAUGGAUAGAAAUCAUGCUGAUGAGCUGCCCAAGAUGCAGUGUGGUUUCAUCGAUUUUGUGUGCUCCUUUGUGUACAAGGAGUUUUCUCGCUUCCACAUUGAGAUCAACCCCAUGUUUGAUGGGUUGAACAUUAACAGGGGAGAGUGGAGAGCUCUCGCAGAUAUCCAUGAAGCCAAGAUGAAGGCUAUUGAAGAUGAGAAGAAAAAGCUGGAAGGUGGAGAUCAGCAAGAUGAUGGCAAGAAGUCAAAGACAUGUGUUAUCUGCUAG